AUGUCAGACUACUCCAAUGCCAUUACAUCUUCGCUCACCUCGAUAAGGAUUCCUGCCCUCCAAUCUAUCCAAGAAGAGGUGAAAUCAUCCGCUAUUGCCCAGGAAGACCUCCAGCAAAUUGCCAUUAGAGUCCUCAAGACUUUCAACUACUACCAGGAUGUGAACUCCAGAAAUGAGGCCCUCAAGACGUUAGAGGCGUUCAUCAGCCACGAUUCCAAGUACUUGAGCGUUUUCGUCAAGUUUAUCAAUGUUCAGGUCACCCAGAAGAACCUCACCAUGGCCAUAACCGACUAUCUCACAUUGUUGAACUGGAUCAACAAGUUCCAGGUGCUUGCACAAGACCCAACCUUGGCUGAGACUAUCAUAAGGACCCAAGCCAUAGUGUUGAAUAACUGUGUCAGCCAGAGUUCGGACCCUUCCGAGCACCAAAAGCAUCGUUUCAGAGUCCACCAAGCAGUCACCACUUCUACCAGGACGUCCAUCGUCGAGGCUCUUGGAUCGCUCCCUGAAGGCUCAGACUCAUCUGUGUAUUACAAGAGCAUCUUGGACUCCUCUUUGUCCUCCGACACAGUGCUCACCUACUUGGGUGUGUUAGCAUCAGCAUUGGUCGACUUGACCCCCACUAGGCCAGCUUUGGUUGAACAGAUCAGAGCAGGCUACAAAGCUCCCGUUCUUGAAUAUCUCACCAACCAGGUAUUGUUGGCUAAAGUUGCUCCAGCUCCCCACUCGUUGGAGGUGUUUGGCAGCUUCGUUCACCUCCAUAUCUCCAACGAGGACUUUGCCAGCUUGCUUCCUAGUAUCGAAAAGGCCAUAUUGAGAUCCUCGGAAAACUCGUUUGUGAUAAUUUUGCCCCCAUUUUUCAAGCACUUGAAACAAGUUGCAGGAUCUACCUUGUUGGGCUCCAAGUUGUUGGGUUCCGUCUUUUCUGCCUUCAAGUCUCCCAAAGAGCCAGUGAGAAAUGGGGCAUUUGAGUGCCUCAAAAAUAUCAUUAAGCCUGGCUUCGAGUUGACCCAACAAGAUCAUUUCAAGUAUAUUGAUGAGGUGUUCAAGGCAUUGAAAUCCACCUCCAAUUCCGACUCCAAGGCAUUGAUUUUAUCCUCGUUGUCUUUGGCAUCUUCCACGGUGGAUUCCUCGUUAAAGAUCAUAAACGACUUACUCCCAUUAAUCCCCAAGGACCAAAAUGAAACUUCGUUGGCCAGCUUGAUCGAGUCGUUCGUGGUACACUCGUUCAGAGUGUUAACGGACGCAGGUGAAGUAUCAGGUGAUGAUUUGAAAAAGAUCUCCGUUCAAUUCAACGCUGGUUUGACUGAUAAGAAGCUUCCAUUGAGAAGACUUUGGUUCGCCUCGUUGGGUUCCAGAUUGUACUGUUUGUCCACUUCCAAUGAACGCAUCUCCAGCCUUGUUAACGCAGUUUAUCCAAGCUUUGUGAAAUCUCUUGAAGAGUCCCAGCUGUCCCCAGUUCCCACCGUCACCAAUAAGGGUAUCACCAAUGCGUAUGUUACAAUUUCGUUAAGUGCCAAAUACUCCCAAGAACUCACUGUGGACACGAAGCAAGUGUUCCAGAGUUCAUUGAGCCCAGAGGACGAAAAGCCAUCCAUUUUGACAGAUUCCAGAGUCUACACGAAAUUCACUCUUGAUUCCGAAUUCGAGUGGUUAGCUAGGGCCUUGAGAGCAACCGUGCAAUAUUCUGCUAACUUGGAAUACGGUCUUGCUUGGAUUUAUCUCUUGGUGUCCACAAACGUUCCCUACAAGUACAGACUCCAGAGUGUGGAGCUUCUUAAGGAAGCUUUAUCAGAAAAGUCCCAGUUGAGUGAGGUUUUGAUCAAUGGAAUCACUAAGAUUUUGAAGGAAGACAAGGUCGAAGACUUGGCUUUGAAUCUCAAGCAAUUGAAUGUGAUCUUGCCAUUAAUGACCCAACUUAAGGACCAAAACGUAGUGGAAGAAAACUUAUCUAAACUCAUUGUCAUUUCGAACCACGAAGUCAUCCCCGUUAAGAACGGCUGGGUGGGUUUGGUGCAAAGAAGCAACUUCAAUAUUGAUGUUGCUUCAUUGUUGAACUCGAGAUUCGAAGUCAUUUUCAAGGAAAUCUUCGCCUUAUUGGCCUCAGUUAAAUACGAUUCUGCCCUUUAUAAGGCUGGUGUCAAGGCUAUUGGUAUCAUGGCCUUCAUUUUACCCGACGUGGUGGCUCCUAAGUUGGCCGAUAACAUCAGAGAAGAUAUUGCUACCACUAAAAUCAAAGAAAUCGAUACCAAUUCCUUGGACAUCUGGAGAGGUGUCGAAGGAGAGUUGGUGAUCAAUAUUCUCAACCAGUCGACUGGAAAGAGUCAAGACAAGAAUUCCAAGGACUACGAAAUCAAGAAAUGGGAAGAGUCAGUCAAGAAAGAAUUGGCCACCAAGUCCAAAGGUCCAGCAAAGAAAUUAACCAAGGAAGAAUUGGUCUUGGUGAAUGAGCAAAUAGCAAAAGAAUCAAAGAUUAGAGCUGAGGUCCAAUCUGCUGUUGAUGCACUUCUUAAGGCUAUUUCCAUCAUCAACGAGUUGGUCAAUAACGCCGUCCAAGUUGACAACGGAUCCAAGUAUUGGUUCCCUGUGGCCAUUACUCAACUUUUGGAAGUUGCUAAAUUGAGCAGCACUCCCGAAUUAGUCGGGUCUUUGCCAGUGACUACAUUCCUCAACUUGUCGAAGCUCAUAUCUCCCAAGUUGGGCCAUUUGAAGGAAUUUAUUGGUGUUGCAACCAUCCGAAUCAACUCUAUUCCUGGUCUUCCAGAGAAUUAUCUUGACGAGGCUUUGUUGGAUUUGACUGGAAGAAUUUUGUACAGAGUCAAGAUCUUGUCUGACAGUCAACCACUUGACGCUUUGACUUUAUCUUACACUUUGCCCUUAUUGACCAAGGUGUUGGAGAUAGGAAAGCAAGUCGCGAUCAGAAACUCCGCCACCAAGCAGGCUGUCACAUCUGAGUUCGUUCAAGAAGAUCCAGAAGAGGAACAGUUAUUGUUGUCGAUUGAAAUUAUUUCUACCCACUCCGAGUUAUUCGAAGAUGUCAGCAUUCCUAGAAUCAACAUCUUGGAGGUGUUGAUUUCCUUGAUGAAGUUGCCAUCUAAAUCCAAGCUCUCCAAGGAGUGUUUCUUGUCCAUGUGUCAGUCCCUUGGGGUGACCUACACUCCACAAGAUUUGAAGUGCUUGUGGGAUGCCAUCAUGACUCCAGUUCAAUUUGUCAGAACAAGUAUUUUGGAAGGAAUUGACUCAGAAUUUGACUUGACUGGCGAAGAAGUCAAGUAUUCCAACGAAUUGUGGAUCGCUGCCCAUGAUAAUGACGCUCAUUCUGCUGAAUUGGCCACCACCAUCUGGGAAGAUAACGAUUUCGAGGUUUUGGAAGAUGCUCCUUCUAGAUUAUUGACGUUGGCUGGAAACUCAGACUCUGGAUUGAGACUCUCCAUUGCCAAAUCCAUCGUUGAUGCCGUCAACGUGCUUGGAAACGACUCUUUCGCGACUACAUUGGACAAGCUUAUCGACCUCUACCACGUCAAGAAGAACCCUCCACCAGCUGUAUUAGACAGGUUCGGGUUGCCCAUCCAAUCAUCUGCUAGCCAAAGAGAUACUUGGGAAGACAGAUCGACCAUUGCAGUGACUUUGAAGCUUCUUUCGUCUCACUUCACCAGUGAAUCCGUCGAGAAGUUGUUCAAGUUUUUGGUAGACGAGUCUGCAUUGGGUGAUAAAGAAGAUGUCGUUCGUCAAGAACUCUUAGAAGCGGGAGUGGAGGUAAUCAACCAGCAUGGAUUUGACAACAUCGAGACAUUGAUCCCUAUUUUCGAAGCCAAUCUUGGUGCCAAGGAUGCCAGAUCCAAGGUGCAAGAUAACAUCAAGGAAAAUGUCAUUAUUUUGUACGGUGCCUUGGCUCGUCACUUGAAGUCCACGGACCCCAGAUUGAACACCAUUAUCGAGAGAUUGAUUAAGACACUUGAUACACCCUCCGAAGAUAUCCAGUAUGCCAUUUCUGAAGGUUUGGCUCCAUUGGUGAAAUCCUUCGAGUCCGAAUUGCAGAAGCACUUUGACCGUUUGUUCGAAACGUUGUUUAGUCUGGAAUCGUUUGCUAAAAGAAGAGGUGCAGCCUAUGGUAUUGCUGGUUUGGUCAAGGGUAUUGGUAUCAAAUCUUUGUCACAAAAUGAUAUUGUCAGAGAGUUGAUGGAAGCUUCUGACGACAAGAAAAACCCAAAGAAGAGAGAAGGUGUUUCCUUUGCCUUUGAGUGCUUGUCUCAAAGUUUAGGAAAGUUCUUCGAGCCUUACGUUAUCGAGAUCUUGCCUAUUAUCUUGAAGUUUUAUGGUGAUACUGCUGCCGAAGUCCGUGAAGCUACCGACUCGGCAGCCAAGCAGAUCAUGAAGAACACCUCCAGUUAUGGUAUCAAGAAGUUGAUUCCUUUGACAAUUUCGAAUCUUGACGACGAAGCCCCAUGGAGAUCCAAGAAGGGUUCCGUCGAAUUGUUGGGUUCCAUGGCAUACUUGGAUCCUACCCAAUUGAGUUCAUCGUUGUCUACCAUUAUUCCUGAAAUUGUCGGUGUUUUGAACGACACUCACAAGGAAGUUAGAAAAGCUGCUGACUUGGCAUUGAAGAGAUUCGGUGAAGUUAUCAGAAACCCCGAAAUCCAAGUAAUUGUUCCUGAUUUGAUCAACGCCAUUGGUGACCCAACCAAGUACACCGAUUUGGCAUUAGACAAAUUGAUCAAGACUCAGUUCGUCCAUUAUAUUGACGGACCUUCGCUUGCCUUGAUUAUCCAUGUUAUCCACAGAGGUAUGAAGGAUAGAUCUGCCUCCACCAAAAAGAAGGCUUGUCAAAUUGUGGGUAAUAUGGCCAUCUUGGUCGACUCCAAGGAUUUGAUGCCUUACUUGUCGCAAUUGGUGGGUGAGUUGGAACUCGCCAUGGUUGACCCUGUUCCUGCCACCAGAUCGACUGCUGCCAGAGCUUUGGGUUCCUUGGUUGAAAAGUUAGGUGAGGAGAGGUUCCCAGACUUGAUUCCAAGAUUGCUUGGCACCUUGCAGGACGAAAGCAAGGUUGGUGAUAGACUUGGUUCUGCACAAGCCUUGAGUGAGGUUAUUUGUGGUUUGGGUAUUGGCAAGUUAGAAGAGUUGUUACCAACAAUUAUUUCUUCAGCCACAUCUCCAAGAAACCACAUCAGAGCUGGUUUCAUGCCAUUGUUGUUGUUCUUGCCAGUUUGUUUCGGAACACAGUUCUCUCCUUACUUGAACCGUAUCAUUCCAGCAAUUUUAAACGGUUUAGCUGACAGCGACGAGGACAUCAGAGACACAUCGUUGAGAGCCGGUAGAUUGAUUGUGAAGAACUACGCCAAGAAGGCCGUUGACUUGUUGUUGCCAGAAUUAGAAAACGGGUUAUCCGACUCCAGCUACAGAAUUCGUCUCUCUUCCGUUGAGCUUACUGGUGAUUUAUUAUUCCAAAUUACUGGUAUCAGUGGUAAGAACGAGCUUAACGAAGAGCAAUUCGACAACUCGGCAGAACUCAACAAGACUUUGGUUGAGAUUCUUGGACAAGAUCGUCGUGACAGAGUGUUGGCUUCUUUGUUCGUUUGUCGUUCCGAUGUUGCUGGUAUUGUCAGAAGUGCUUCUGUUGAUAUCUGGAAGGCGUUGGUGGCCAACACUCCAAAGACCGUCAAGGAGAUUUUGCCAUCUUUGACUGCAAUCAUUGUCCGUAGGUUGGCGUCUAACGACGAGACUCACAGAACCAUUGCCGCUCAAACUUUGGGUGAAAUGGUUCGUAGAGUUGGUUCUAACGCAUUGGCAAGAUUGUUGCCUACUCUUGAAGAAUCGUUGCAAAGCAAUGAUAAUGAUACCAGACAAGGUAUCUGUAUUGCUUUGAACGAAUUGAUCAAGUCUACUUCUGCCGAAGGUCUCGUUCAAUACCAAGAUCAAUUCAUCAGUAUUAUCAGAGACACUCUUAUUGAUUCUGACUCCAAGAUUAGAGAAGCUGCGGCACAGGCGUUUGAAUCCUUGCAAGAAGAAUUGGGUAAGGUUGUUAUUGAUGAAAUCUUGCCAAAUCUUUUGAAUUUGUUGGAAUCAUCCGAUUCUCAAAACGCCUUGUUGGCCUUACAGGAGAUCAUGGCUUCGAAGUCCGACGUCAUUUUCCCUAUCUUGAUUCCAACGUUGUUGACCCCACCAAUUGACUCUUUCAAGGCCAACGCACUUUCGUCUUUGGCUUCAGUUGCUGGCACUGCAUUAUUCAAGAGAUUGUCGUUGAUUAUCAAUACUUUGAUCAAUGCCAUUAUUGAAGCUGAAUCCGAGGAGUCUAAGGACGACAUUAAAGCCGCUUUUGACAAGAUCUUGUUGGCCAUCGACACUGACGAUGGUGUCCAUCCAUUGAUGCAACAAUUAUUGUCGUUGGUUAAGCACGAGGAUUCCGCAAAGAGAGCUAUUGUCUACGGCAGAUUGGGCAACUUUUUCGCCAAUACCAACCUCGACUACUCUGUUUACUUGCAGGAUAUGAUCGGACAAUUUGUACUCUCAUUGAGCGACCCAUCCGAAGAAGUUGUUCAGGGUACUUUUGAGGCAUUGACUGCCCUUGUCAAGAGACAACCAAAGGAGUCCUUGGAGAAGUUAGUCAAGCCAACAUUCCAAGCUUUGAGCAUUACUGGAGUCAAGGGAGAGGACUUGGCAGGUUUCAAGAUUGCCAGAGGUCCAAACUGUAUCUUGCCCAUCUUCCUCCAUGGUUUAAUGUAUGGUAACUCGGACCAGAAGGAAACUUCAGCCUUGGGUAUUGCCAAUAUCAUUGACAAGACCCCUGCGUUGAACUUGAAGCCAUUUGCAACCGUCAUGACUGGUCCUUUGAUUAGAGUUAUUGGUGAAAAGGUUCUGAGUGAUAUCAAGGCUGCUAUCUUGAAGGCUUUGAACAGUUUGUUGCUUAAGAUUCCUCAAUUCUUAAGACCAUUUAUUCCUCAAUUGCAAAGAACCUUUGUCAGAUCGUUAUCUGAUGCUUCCAACGAUACUUUGAGAGCAAGAGCUGUUGUUGCUUUGGGAACUUUGAUUGGAUUCCAGCCCAGAAUCGAUUCAUUGGUUACCGAAUUGGUUACCGGUGCUAAGACUGCUACCGAUCAGGGUGUCAAGACGUCCAUGUUGAAGGCUAUGUUGGAAGUUGUCAACAAAGCUGGUAAGAACAUGAAUGAAACUUCCAAAACUUCGAUCAUGACUUUGGUUGAAGAUGAAAUCACCCUGGUCAACGAUUCAUCAGCGGUUUCAUACGCUAGGUUGAUUGGUUCAUUGGCCAACAUCUUGUCUGGGGAAGAAGCUGCCAGCAUUAUUAAGAGUAAGAUUCUUGACAAACCAGACAAUUCUAACGAUAAAUUCUGCAUUUUGUCCAUUAACUCGUUCUUGAGAUACUCUCCUGGCCACAUUUUCCAUGUUGGUUUGAUCGAUGAGAUCAUCUCUUUCGUCAUUAGCUGCAGCAAUUCCACUGUACCAUACGUGAGUGACAAUGCUACCAUUGCCAUUGCUAAGAUAUUGUUGUUGGUUGGACAAAACAAGUCUCCUAAGGAAGAAAAAUCCGAGUCGCCAACUCCGUUCGAACUCAAUGACGAGCAAAUCCUCACUUUGGUAAAGCAAGUGUCGCUCAAUGCGAUUCAACCAGCUUCUUCGUCACUCGAUACUAGAAGACUCGCAUUGGUUGUCAUUAGAACAGUUGCUAGAUUCCAGUUCGACAAAAUUGUCAAACCAAACUUUGACUUAUUGGUUCCAAGCGUAUUUGCAUGUCUUAGAGAUCCAAUCAUUCCUAUCAAGUUGGCCGCUGAAAAGGCUUAUUUGUCCGUUUUUAACUUGGUUGAUGAUGUUGAAAUGAAGGAGUUCAAUGGUUGGUUUGAGGGUAAGGAGAACUUUGUCACCGUUACUGGUGCUAGCAUCGUUCCAAGAUCCAUUGGUGACUACACUAAGAGAGUUGCCAGUAGAUUGGCUGGUGUUGAAAGAGAAAGAAUUGAAGCUGGUGGUGACGAAGAAACCAUGUUCAGUGACAGGUUUGAAGAUGAAGAGGAGGUCUGGGCUGUUGGUAGCUGA